AUGUUGGCUGCAAAACCUUUCCUCAAAUUGGGAUUGAGGAAGACGAUCGGGUUAGGUCUAAAUACGAGAGCGUGGAGUGAACCCUGGAUCCCUGAUUCUAGAGCCCGCCCACCAAGGACAACCCCUCAGAUCGAAAUCCAGGGUCCAGGAGUGCUGGUUUACUUCUUUAUCCGUCAAGAUACGAAACAAUGGUAUGAAGAUCUUCUCAGACAAUGUUUCCAUCCCGAGGAUGUCCCCCUUAUUCUGGGGUUGAGAUCUAGUAGGACCCGUACUCUCAAUGGUUUUGCGUGGAACCACACUAAAUCAGGAAUUUACACAGUUAAAUCCGGAUAUGAUCUGAUUAGAAGAUCAAGGCUUGAACAAGAAUUGGAUGUUGUGAGAGAGCCGAGUAUCACAGCACUUCAAAGCUUCGUUUGGAAAGUUCGGACGCCCGGAAAAAUGAAGCAUUUCAUGUGCAAGCCGUCUCAGGAUGUAUCGCUACUCGCCAAAACCUCUCUCACAGACAUAUGGAAACGGAUAGGAGCUGCCCCCGCUGUGGGAAUCCUGAAGAAUCCAUAA